GCCUCAGCCGCUGCCUCCGUCGCCGCUCCCGCCCCUCCUUUCGCGUCUCCGCCGCUGCCACCGCCGGGGAAAUCCGGGGGUCGCUACCGGGCUGGCCCCGUGCCAUUGCCGUUGCUUCAGCUUUCCUCCAGCGGCCACCUCAGGAAGAGGCUUGUCGGCCGCGGAGUCACUUGGGGCCUCAGUUCUCGCUCUCUUGCUGUCGCUGCAGGUCCUGGAGAAGCGGCCGCGGCCGGGAAACGGGGCUUCGCGGUUCCAACGAUUAACUGCUGAAGUACUGAUCGAGUUCUGCGUUUCUUCAAUGAGGAACUACAGGCUGAUCUUCUGCCAUAAUCUUAAACAACCAUAAAUGACAAAAGAAUGCUUGCUCAGUGAGGGUAGCUGGUGCAGAAGCAAUUUUUUAAACUUAGGUGUUUAAGUACUCAAAGAAAAGACAGCUUUGAUUUCUGGCUGCAAAAAAGAUAUGAGGAAGAGCUCCUCCCCUUCCUUGAGUAACUGCAACUCCGUUCUUGCUAACAAAAUAUUUGGAAUUCCACUUGAUGAGCUGCAGCAGGGAGGACAUCCAGACAAUGAGGUUCCGUUCAUAGUCCGCCACGUUGUGGACUAUAUUGAGGAACAUGGCGGUCUGGAGCAACAAGGACUUUUUCAAGUCAAUGGAAAUGCUGAGACAGUGGAGUGGCUUCGGCAGAGAUAUGACAGUGGAGAAGAGGUGGAUUUGGUUAAGGAAGCAGAUGUUCCCUCAGCUAUUAGUCUUCUUAGGUUUUUCCUUCAAGAACUUCCUGAACCUGUUAUUCCUGGCAGUUUGCAUAUUCACCUGAUGCAACUUUCUCAAGAUUAUAAUAAUGAAGAUGAAUUUGGAAGAAAGUUGAGAUUCCUCUUGCAACAGCUUCCACCUGUUAAUUACAGUUUAUUAAAGUUUCUGUGUAGAUUUUUAGCCAAUGUAGCAUCACAUCAUGAAGAAAUUUGGUCUGCAAAUUCUUUGGCUGCUGUCUUUGGUCCAGAUGUCUUUCACAUUUACACAGAUGUGGAAGAUAUGAAAGAGCAAGAAAUUGUGAGCAGGAUAAUGGCGGGACUUCUGGAAAAUUACUAUGAAUUUUUUGAAAAUGAAGAGGAAGAUUUUUCAUCAAAUGAUUUGAGCUCAAUUACAGAACAGGCAGGUAGCAGCGUUCUCCACAAACUGGAGUCUGGAGAGCAGGCAUUUCACGAGGCCCUAGAGAAGGGAAUUACAGCAGUCAAAGAAAGAAGAGAUGUUAAUGAACUUUCUGAGGAAGAAGAGGAAGAUGAAAAGCUGGAACAUAUAGAAGAACUUCCAGAAGAGGGUACAGAAAAAUCAAAUGACGUGCCAGAGGUGGUACAAUUAAGAAUAACUGAAAACAUCCUGGAAUCAAGUAGUGUUACAGCAUCAACAAGUGCCCAUAUAUCUCCCACCAGCAUCUUACCAGCCUCUGCAGAUGUUUUAGAAAGAACAAUUAGAGCAGCUGUGGAACAGCACCUUUUUGAUCUGCAGAGCAGCAUAGAUCAUGAUCUUAAGAAUUUACAGCAGCAAAGUCUGAUAUGUAAUAAUGAAGCAGGAAGUAUUAAUUGUAUUGAGGAAAGACCUAAUAACCAGGUUGAGAUUGCCGAUGAUAUUAUUAAUGCCAGUAGUAGUAACAGAGACUGUUCAGAACCUGUGGCUGGCACUAAUUUAGACAAUGAAGUUAUGCAGCAAGAUUUUAUAUUUGAGGAUGAAGAAAAUAACCAGUCUGUAGGUAUACUAUUAGAGCCAUGCAGUGACCAUGGUGAUAGUGAGGAAGGCCAUCUUGAGAGGAAAGAAUAUUUGUUAUUUGACAGUGAUAAAUUGUCACACUUGAUUCUGGAUUGUAGUAGCAAGAUAUGUGAUUUAAAUGCCAACACUGAAUCAGAAGUGCCAGGAGGUCAAAGUAUUGGUGUUCAAGGGGAAGCAACAAGUGUUCAAAUUCCACAUUUAGAUCUGAAGAAUGUUUCUGAUGGUGACAAAUGGGAAGCGUCAUGCCCUAUCACUUUUCCCCUCAUUGAUUUCAAAACAAUGCAUCUGCAGAGAGAUGGGGAGGAACCAUUUCCUGCUUUUAAGUCUUGGCAGGAGGAUUCUGAGUCUGGAGAAGCUCAGCUGUCUCCACAAGCUGGAAGAAUGAAUCACCAUCCCAUGGAAGAGGAUGGUCCUCCAGUAUUAUCACACCGCAGUUUAGAUUUUGGACAAAGCCAGCGUUUCCUACAUGAUCCAGAAAUGCUGGAUUCCUCAUCUAAAGCACUUUCUUUUACUAGGAUUAGAAGAUCAUCCUUUAGUUCAAAGGAUGAAAAAAGAGAAGACAGAACACCUUACCAGUUGGUUAAGAAACUUCAGAAAAAAAUCAGACAAUUUGAGGAGCAGUUUGAAAGAGACAGAAAUAGCAAGCCUUCCUAUAGUGAUAUUGCAGCCAAUCCAAAGGUAUUAAAAUGGAUGACAGAGCUUACCAAACUGCGGAAGCAAAUUAAAGAUGCAAAACACAAAAGCUGUGAUGGAGAAUUUGUACCUCAGACACGCCCACGUAGUAACACUCUUCCAAAAAGUUUUGGCUCUUCUUUAGACCAUGAAGAUGAAGAGAAUGAUGAUGAAUCCAGAGUUAUUCAGAAGGAGAAGAAGUCAUCUAAGGAAGCAACCCUUGAACUUAUUCUGAAGAGACUGAAAGAAAAACGUGUUGAGAGGUGUCUUCCAGAAGAUAUCAAGAAAAUGACAAAAGAUCAUUUGAUAGAAGAAAAAACUUCUCUCCAGAAAAGUCUUCUUUACUAUGAAAGUCAACAUGGAAGGCCGGUGACCAGGGAAGAAAGGCAUAUUGUUAAACCUCUCUAUGAUAGAUACCGGCUUGUUAAACAGAUGCUGACAAGAGCUAGCAUCACUCCCAUUCUUGGAUCUCCCUCCACCAAGCGAAGGGGUCAGAUGUUACAGCCAAUCAUAGAAGGAGAAACUGCACAUUUUUUUGAAGAAAUCAAGGAAGAAGAAGAAGAUGGUGUUAGUCUAUCCUCUGAGUUAAGUGAUAUCUUGAAAACAGCUGUACAUGCACAGACUUCAUUGGAAAAUUCAGAAUCUGAUGUUGAAGAAAAUCAAGAAAAACUGGCUCUGGAUCUCCGUUUGUCAAGUACUCGUGCAGCUUCUAUGCCUGAAUUACUGGAACAACUUUGGAAAGCCAGAGCUGAAAAAAAGAAACUCCGUAAAACAUUACGGGAAUUUGAAGAGGCAUUUUAUCAAAAAAAUGGAAGGAAUGCCCAGAAGGAGGAUCGUGUUCCAGUGCUUGAGGAAUAUAGGGAAUACAAGAAAAUCAAAGCAAAACUUAGGCUUCUUGAAGUUCUUAUCAGCAAACAGGAUUCUUCAAAAUCCAUAUAAACUAUGCUCCUUGAAAAUUCACAUCAUAAAGUCACUUGUAUUCCUUGAAGCUGUCAUCAUGUGUACUUGGCUGGUACUUGAGUUCAUUUUGUCAGGCACUCAGAGAAUCUCAUUUUGUACUUGAUUGUGAUGCCACUAAACAAAUAAUGCAAGGGUAAGUAGGCCCUCUCUAGGGAGUAUGAUAUUCCAUACUAACCACAGACUGUCCUCUCCACCUUUUGCAAACACGCAGCUUCUUUCAUUGUUUUGUACUGCAGAUACAUCCUGUUAGCAAAAGACUAGAAUUUUAUCCUUUCAACUUCAAGAACUUUGGAAAUACAGAGUGUUUUGUUAUUACUAAUUUUUUUUUCAUUACUGAAGAAAAUUGAGAGGAAAAUCUUCACACUGAAUUCUUCGGUUGCCUUUUUCUCACAGAAUGACUGAAAAUUUGAAAGAAAAGCCUAUACAAGUGCACAUAUGCAACUGUGUUGUUCUCCUAGAAAACCAAAAUCAAACUGAAAUUUUAAGUCCUACAGUGGAACACGUUUCUGUUUAAUUCCCAAAGUGACACCUCACAGGUAGUAUGUUAGAAAAUUUUAUAAUUCAGUGGUCACACAGCUCUUGGAUGAAGAUAACAGUGGGUAGACCAAAAAGUGACCUUGCUUAGAGAACACAUACCACACAUCACAUGCUGCCUAUGGGACUUAAGUUACUGUUGGUUCCUAAAUUAGUGUUUAUCAGCUGGUGAUGAUGUGAUUUGUUUGAAUGGGAUUCUGUGCUCUUACCCUCCCCACCCACCUCCAGAUAAUGUGAGAAAGUAGCCAUGUCAGUAUGUAGGAACUCUGAUGGUGCUCAGAUUUGUAUGUUUAAUCAAAUGGGCCUAAAUUGGCAAAAUAAUCAUUAUGCCUAAGUAAAUCUGUUCUUAACAAGGGCUAUACCACUGCAUUUACCUUCAAGGGGCUACAUUUUUUUUUUUUUUUUUUUUUUUUUAAAUCAGCAAAAUCCAUAGGAAAAACAUUCUCUAAAAAUAGAAACCACCUUUUCCUCAAUUGUUUAAAUGAGGAAAAAAUGCUGUUUAAAGCAGCCGUUUACAAGAUAUGUGGUGGUAUGCCCCUUGUCAUAUGCUCUUAGCAUGUCUUAUUUCUCUUGCUUUGCAUGGCUAAUCAUUUUCAUGGAAUGGUGAUAUCAUUUUUGUUAAAAAAUAUACAAUAGCAGAUUUGUGUCAGACUAAUCUAAGUGUUAAUUUUUUUUCCUGGUGCUUAUUUGGAUUGAUGAGUAUCUCAUUUUGUGCCCAUGUUUUGCAUGCCUUGACUCAUGCAUGGUUUUCUUAACUAGCUUAUAUUAAAAAUUUGUUUUAUACAAAAUUGGAACUUUACAACAUCCUUUAAUAAGGUGAGGGAAGCAUGAACCUCAAACUUUUAGCACUAUCACAUAGUAAGCACAUGAAGUAGCUUGAUAAUAGUGUUUCUAGUAUUUCACAUUUCACUUGUGUGUGCAAUGCCUUUUUUGGGAGGGAGGAAAAAUCCAGUGGUAGUAAACAUGUAGUUGAGGAAUAAAGCACUAAAUCCAGCCCUUUUUGUGUGUUUCCUUUUGAUGAAACUAGAUUAUUCAUAAUGUAUUCCUGGUAAAAUUGAAAUGCCAAAAGAUGUAUCACUUUUAUUUGAAUCCAUUAUGCAGUGUACAUUUCAGUUAAUUUCUUUAGGUUCCAGACAGGGGUCUAACAUCUAAUUUAUGUGCACUGUAUAUUGUUUUUUUAUGAAUGUUUUAUUUUAUAUACCACAUGCAAAAAUGUCCAUAUGCACUAUUUAAAUGUUUUAAAUAAUAUAUUCCUUCUUUAUAAUGCUAAAUCUAUGUGAGUACCAUAUUAUUUUUAUAAGUCGGUGCCCUGACUGGUUUCAUUUUAGAAUUAACAGCUGCUUCAUGAUGUUGGUUAUUGAGUAGAAAUAGGUAAAAGUGGCAUGGCAGCACUUACUCUAUGUGAUAGUAUUGUGUGUCAUGGUUGAGCAGCAGUAGGUGAUACAAUUAGGCAAUUUGUGAUAGUUUUACUUUGGUACAAAUAAACACUGUAUAUCUAUAUACAAAUAUUAUAUAGAUAUAUAUGUAUAUCUAUAUACAAAUAUUAUAUAGAUAUAUAUGUCUAUCAGUAUAAUUGCAUUGCUGUGUCUGACGCUUCAUUGUAUAAACUUUUGUAAUAAAAGAACUUUAAUGUUCUAA